GCACCGACCCCUAGAGGUCCCUAAACCCCAGUUUGGGACCCGCCUCCUGGUUUCCUUUACACGGAGGCCGACAAAUGGUGCUGUCAAUCAGCCUGCCAGGACGCACCCGCCUUUCCAGUUGGGAGCGCACCAGGGCUUCUCAUCUGGAUUUUACGCGUCGCUCAGCACACGCCCCUUCCCCGCUGCAACCGCACACUCUACACGACCGCUGAGGAGCCUUCUACGACCACAGAACCAACGUUCUCUCCCUUCCCGUUACCGCACGCCUCAACCCUUUCGUCUGUCUUGUAUCAUCAGUCUUUUUCUGUCGAUGGCCGUCCGUGGCGUCAUUCGCGUUCAGCAGUGCAAUAGUUAAUGCGUGCCGGAUGCGCCCUCACUCCAGUAGACCGCUACAGUACGAAGAUGGCGUCGGAGGGAGCCAGCGGAGAGCAGCCUCCUCCGGUACAAACACUGGCAACCGCCGUGCUGGGAAGUGUCGACACGAAAUGUGAGUUCAACAUGGAUAACCUGAGCAAGCCUGAGCUGCUCACACUGCUGAGCAUCAUGGAGGGGGAGCUUGAGGCCCGCGACCUGGUCAUCGAGGCCUUGAGGGCUCAGAGGAAGGAGGUGUUUCUCCAGGAGCGCUAUGGUCACUACAGCCUGACAGACCCCUUCCUGGCCCUUCAGAGGGACUUUGAGUGCGGGGUCCCCGGUUCAGACAAUGAGCGGCGACCCCUAGGCUCUAGCCCCAUCUCUGUCCUGGAAGCCGUCAUGGCACACUGCCGCAAGAUGCAGGAGAGGAUGUCAGCCCAGUUGGCAGCGGCUGAGAGCCGCCAGAAGAGGCUGGAGAUGGAGAAGCUACAGCUUCAGAGUCUGGAGCAAGAGCACCGAAAACUGACUGCACAGCUGAAGGAUGAGCGUGAGAAGAACAAACAUAUCGUCAUGAUGCUGGUACGUGAGUGUAAGCAGCUCGCUACUCGAGUGGUGGAGGAGUCGCAGCGCUUUGAUGAGCUCCAGGCCCGUCUAGAUGAGGAGAGUCACACCUCUGGUCGGCUGCAGGAGGAGCUGAGCAGCGAGCGUCAACGCAGCCAACAGAUGGAGGCAAAGAUGGAGAAGCAGCUGUCAGAGUUCGACACAGAGCGUGAACAGCUGCGUGCCAGGCUGGGCCGCGAAGAGGCCGAGAGCCUUAGUCUGAGGCAGCAGGUAGAGCAGCUCAGAACUGAACAGGGUGACAGGAAGGAAGAUGCCGCCGUCGUCCUGCCUGCUGCCACUGCAGCUGAACCUGCUGCCUCCACCAGCAUGCCACCCAAAACCAAAGCCCUGGCUACGGUCUCUGUAGCCACUGAACCGAUCAGCUCUCGGACGGCAUCCUGCCAAACGGACUUACCCCCCUCUGAUACAGAGGGUCCAAAGAAGACCCCCCUUACCAUACCUGUCAAACCGACCCCCUACGUUGGUCUGAGUCUUCCGAAGUCAGCUGGCCGGGGGAUUGUCCACAGCAGCUCAGGAGGAUUGGCACAGACAGAAAAUGGCUCAGAGGGCCAAGCGCCACACAGUUUGCCUAGCGGGGUCAGCCCUCGAGUCCAGGCAGCACGCUACAAGUUCCAGGAACAGGACCAAAAUGGCACGGCCUCCCAGAGUCCCCCAGCUCGUGACCUCUCACCCACCAAUCGUGACAACUUUGCAGCCAAACAACAAGCACGCCACACUGUCACACAGGUCCUGUCUCGCUUCACCAGCCCCCCAGCAGGAGGUGCCGGACCACUGCGUCCAGGCUUGCCUCACUCUGCUUCAGAGGGAGGCCCUUUUCCUGGCCGCCUGAGCCACGCAAUCGGGCUCAAGUCACCCACGGUGGCCAGGAUCGACCGGGGAAACCCUCCCCCCAUCCCUCCCAAAAAGCCUGGGCUUUCCCAGACCCCCUCCCCUCCUCACCCACCUAUGAAGGUGGUGGGGGACGGCAGCCGCUCCUCUGGGGCGGGUCUCAAACCGGCCACGCCUCAGCUGCCGCCAAAACCCGCCCUGGACCUGGUCCCAGCCCUGACGGCCUCUCAGGUGGGUGCCUCCCUGGGGCCUGACUGGGGCCUUCAGCGGCAGCAAGCAACAGCAUGUGCAGAGUGCCCUCCCAUCAUCAGCCUCAUGUCUACCCUCAGUAGCCACUCCUCCAUAAAUCCCCCCUCCAUUAGCACUCCAUCCUCCCGUAGCCCCCACACCUCAGCAGGCAGCCCCCUGGCAACAGCAUCAGGCUGGUGUCCCUCCGUAGUCUCGUCUGUAAGUGGUGGUGGGCCUGCUGCCCUGGACGGCGGCCACCCCAUGCUCCUCCAAGCUGCUUCCCAGGGAAAUGUCACUUUAUUGUCAAUGCUGCUUAACCAACCUGACCCGACCACCACCAACACAAACUCCACCCACUCCACUGCCGGUGUCACCUCCAUGGAAAACAAACCCAGUCACCUCAACCAAGACCCCCACCUCUCCCAUCACCUAACCUCUGCUUUGUUUGCUGCUGCUCAAAAUGGACACACAGAUUGUGUGAAGCUGCUGCUGUCUUCUGGUUCACCUGCUGAUGUCUCAGAUGAAAAUGGAUUCACGCCAUUACACUGCGCCGCCGCUCACGGCCACAGCAGCUGUGUGGAGACUCUACUGAUGGCUGGUGCAGCUGUGGACUCGGUGGCGGCGGGAGGUCAGACCUCCCUGUUUCAGGCCUGUGAGGCAGGAAAUGUGGACUGCGUCCAAAUUCUGCUUAGCCACAAGUCUGAUCGAUCGCUCACGACCAUGGAUGGCUGCACAGCUCUCCAUGCCGCUGUGCGUUCCGCUAACGUGAACACGCUGCGGCUCCUCCUCUACCACCCACCUCAGGUGGAGUCUGCCAUGACCUUCGACCCUCCUGGGAACAAACUGGUUCUGUCUGCUGCUCUGCUGAACCAGGCCAAUAGCGACGGCUGGACGGCAGCACACAUGGCUGCUGCCCGAGGCCUCAAGGACUGUCUGGAGGUGUUGUGCAGCCACAGUGAACAGGACAUUGAGAGGAGGGACUACUGCAAUCGCACCAUUCACGAUGUUGCAACCGACGACUGCAAAGAUCUACUUGAAAACCUCGACUCGUACCGGGUCCUGGUCCGUGUCCACACUUCAGGUGGAGGGGGGUCGUUGUCCAUGUGUCCUCUGGAAGCUCUGGAGGAGGAUGUUAAAGGAUGUGGUGGCCAUUUACCACUGGGUCGAGUGUCUAUCGACCGCUCGAUGAGCUGGACUGAGCUUGGCGUCGCCCUUGGCCACGCCCUCACCUCCUUCCUCCUUGUGGUCUGUGGGGAGUCUGAGACCGGUAGAGAGGAGCUGCAGAGACCCCCACUGGGCCUGAGCCCUGCCAGCAUUGCCUCCAUCCUCAUCGGAGACACUGAAUGGAUUCCUGGUCAGGACCUCCCCCUCUCCCCCUGGGACCUGGUCCGAAAGCCUCUUAGCCAGAGCAUCACCAUUCACCUCAAAGGUCUCUCUGAGUCGUGUCUUGAUGAGUCGGCACUGGAAUCCCUCUUACCUCUGCCAGUGCUUCACAACUACGUCCGCCUGGUGGAACAGUAUGGCAGCCUCAUCUUCCACGGGCUGGAGGGCAGCUGUCAGGAGGUCAUCGCCCGUCUGGUUGCUCACUGCAUCAAGUCGAAGCGGGAGGCGGGGGGGCUCAGCUGUGACGUGGUGAAAGUGGAGGUGGACAAGGGCCUGAGCAGGGAGCAGUUGCUUGACACCUUCAAAAGCUGUGGUUUCCUGGUGCCAGGGAUCAGUAUCCCGGGCAGCUGUAGUGGUCGCUGUGUGGUGGUUCUACUAGAGGGAUUGGAGAAGGCGGCGUCCCUGUUGGGGCUGCUGGGAGAUCUCUGUCAUAGUCUGGACAACAGAGGCACCUCCUCCACCAUGGUUGUGAACAAUGGUCCUCACCACAUUCAGGGGGGCAGCUUUCUGAUUGCCACACUAUCCAGGUCCCGCCUCCAAGGCUCAGAGCUCCGCCUCCAGCAGCAUUUCCGCUGGGUGACUCUUCGCUGGGAUAAGGAGCCACUGCAUGGCCUGCUGGGAAGGCACCUCCGCCGUAAACUGCUGCAGAAGGUGGGUUCGGAUGUCUGGCCACCUGAUGGCAUCCUGGAACACUCGGUUUUGUGGGUAAACCAGGUGUGGCAGCAGCUCAAUGCCUGUCUAUCCCGUCUGGGUACCCAUGAGGCUUUACUGGGCCCACAGUUCUUUUUGUCCUGCCCUGUGAUUCCAAACAACACCCAGGCCAUAGUCAGGUGGCUAUCUCGGCUCUGGAAUGCUGUAGUCGUCCCCCGUGUCGAAGAAGCCAUCCUCUCCCGGGUAACUGCCAAAUACCCCUCCUCCUCCACUUCCUCAUCAUCAUUGUUGUCGUCACAACAACUGUCUCCGAGCAACUGUGGCCUGAGCGUUGGGCAGCAGGCUGUGGUAAAAGCAGCCCUCAGCAUCCUGGUCAACAAGGCAGUCCUGCAGGGCUGCCCGCUGCCCCGUCAUGAGAUCGACCGUUACCUGCUGGAGUUCCGAGGUGGGACCUUCCCCCUGUCUGCCAUUGGCUCGUACAGAGGGAGCAGUGCUGGAGGGGCCAGGAAGGGACGAGAAGGCAGCAAGCUGAGGCGGUCCAAUACCAGCCCUCGGAAGAAGGGAACCCCUACCACUAGCUGGAGCUGUGGAGGGUCAUUCAGAGAAGGUUCACUGUCCAACACAGACAUUCGCUUCAUCACCAAUGGCAAAGUCCAGAGGGAGCCUGUGGGUCUUCCACUGUUUUCUGACGAUGAGACAGACCUGAUCCAGGAGCUGCAGACCAUGUGCUCCAGCAAAUCAGAGCCUGACAUCAGUAAGAUCACUCAGACCAAAGACGACCUGAUCCUGUUCUCCAGCUCUCCCAGUGAAGGGACACUGCCUCUGAUGGUUGAGCAGAACAUUGGCAUCCAGCAGCGCCCAGUGACGAUGGCUGUCCGUCAGUCUGGCCGUGGCUCCACCUCCAAUGCCAUCCAGAGUAGAGAGCGGCGUUCUGGCUUCCGGUCCAAGUCGCAGCUCCCUGUCCCAAGCAGCAAGGGGCAGCAGCAGAUGAUGAUGACACCGCCAGCCUCCACAGCAAUCAGCAGCAACAACAACACCAACAGCCGGAGCCAAACUCAGACUCCACGCUCCGGUCAUGGCAGAACCAGCAGCAGCAGCAGAACAAAGCAGAUGCCAAGCAGCAGCAACAACAACAACUACCACAACAACAACAACCGAUCACACGAGGACAUCUGGAUCCUCCACCAAGACCUGCAUGAAAAUAACAAGUAGACUCCACCCCCUCCCACCCAUGAUUCCGCUGUGAAAAUCCUUCAUGAUGUAAAGAUUAGGUACCUGACGACCUUUGACUUCUAGUAUUUAUACUCGUUAUGUGUACUUGUUACACUGUACUACAGUUGUGUAGUUGGGGACCAUAGUUUUAUUCUGUUACAGUAUUUAAAGUUUUGAUUGUUCAGGAUUCAGUGAGUUUUGAGCAGAAGGUAACAAUGCUUUACCGAUGCCUUAUUCCAGUGUUUGAACCUGAGUUUUAAAUGGACGCUGAGAGAAAAACGGGAAGAAAGGCAGAGUUUUAAGGAAAUAGAUGAUAAAACUGUGCGGCAGAAAAUUUGAGACAAAGUAUGUUUAAAAAGAAUAAAAAACA